AUGUCGUACUCUAGCGAAGCCUAUGACUGCUGUUUCAAUGGCAAUGUGUUAGGGAAUUGUCAGUAUUGCGGUGGUUCCCCACGAGAACCACCUUGUCAUCCUUGCGGAGGCACCGGAGUAUCUCACCGCCCUUGCCCAUAUCACUCCAGUUCUGCAAGCUACUAUUCCAAUAAUCUGCAGACUGUACCGGCUCAUAGAAAUCGGGAAGUGAGGCACUCUUCUGGAAGGAGCAAGAACAGCCAUAGUGGCAGAACUGUCAGAUAA